AUGAGUGGAUCACAAUCACAAGAUUUCACAUUGCACGAAGCUGCCAGAGACGGGAAAAUUUUAACCGUCAAAGGAUUGGUAGCAGAAAAUCCCAAAUUGGUAUUAAAGAAAGAUUUAGACGAAAGGGUCCCAUUACAUUGGGCAGCAUCAUUUGGUCAUUUAGAAAUUGUUUCUGUUUUAUUAAAUCCUACAAAGUUCCAAUCUGAUUCAAUUCCAAAAGAGCAAAAAAUUAAACCAUUCACCAUUGAUAUUGAUGAAUUUGUUGAUGAAGCUGGUUGGACCCCAUUACAUAUAGCUUCAUCAGUGGGUAAUUUGGAUAUUGUACAAUUAUUACUUAAAAAUGAUCCAGAACCGGAUGUUAAUUUACAAUCAAACAAUGGGUCAACUCCAAUCCAUUUAGCCACUUCCAAGAAACAUUUGGGUGUUGUUAAAGAAUUAAUUAAACAUGGUGCUUCUGUUAGAAUCAAAGAUAAAAGAUCACAAUAUCCAUUACAUAGAGCUGCUUCAAUUGGUUCAUUACCUUUAGUGGAAACAUUCAUCAAAGAAGGGAAAUCUCCUAUAAAUGCUAAAGAUAGUGCUGGAUGGACUGCAGUACAUCAUGCUCUUUCGGAAGGACAUGGUGAUGUUGCAGUAUUGUUGGUUAAAUCAGGUGCUGAUUACAAUGUUGAAGAUGAUGAGGGAUUGACUCCUUUGAAAGUGGCAGUUGACGAUAAAGUAGCACAAUACUUUAAAGCUGAAUUGAAAGCUAAUGGCUAUGAAAUAUGA